CAACGGUGUUUAUUUAAGAUUUGCUUUACUGCCUAUCAGGCGAUAACAGGGCCAGUUAGACAAGCAAGUUAAAGCCUAAGUGAACAGAGUGAUUUGAUUCAAAACAAUGGGCGAGGUUUUCAGUCACUAUUGUCAUGCAUCACACUCCAUUGUUUGUUCCAUCCAUGUGGUCCAGCCAGCACAAACAUUGGAGAGAGGUGUGUUUACGAAGAAGUGAGCGUUGCCACGGUGAAAGUUUCUUCUCCAAUGAUAGGCGGUAUCUGAUGGCUCAUGCAGUCCGAUCCGUGGGGUCUGGUCACCUGAGCCGUUGAUCUUAUUUCAGUUCACUCUGGAAGCCUCCCGUGAGUGAACUUCUGUUAACUCUUUUCCCAAUGAAACUCUACAUUCCCUCAUUCUUACUUGCCUUGACUCUCACUGUGGCAGCUGAACCUCUGCAGCAAGUGCCAAUAUUGAGUCCAAGACAGAGCUGUAACGAUUCCGUCGUGUCAUGUCACUGGCGAGAACCCGAAAAUACAUGCUGCUCUCCCAGGUACGGUUUGGUUGUAUUUGUACAGCAGUGGGUGGAAUCGUAUGGUCCACCAAAUGAAUUUACAAUCCACGGUUUAUGGCCUAAUAACUGCUCAGGCUCGCGUGCACCCAAUCGAGGCUGCGAUAGUUCAAGAUCUUGGAAUAAUGUCGCCACAAUUUUGAGAAACAAGAACCCAAACUUAUAUCAACGAAUGAAGACUUUCUGGCCCAGCUAUAAAGGCGACGAUAACUGGUUUUGGUCUCACGAAUGGGUGAAGCACGGAACAUGUGUGUCAACGUUGAAUCCAUCGUGCUACGGAUCUGAAUAUACCCCUUAUCAAGAUGUCAUUGAUUAUUUUGAGCAAGUUUUGUUCUUGCGUAAUGAAUACGAUGUUUAUGGUGCUCUAAAUGUAGCAGGUAUAUUCCCUGGCGGAUAUUACUCUUCAAAGGCCAUGCUAGACGCCUUGAAACAAGGGUUUGGAAACCGUGCCAAGAUCGAUUGUGAUAGAAACGGUCAACUUAGCGAAGUAUGGCUGUACUUUAACGUUGGUGGCCGUGAUCACUAUCAGCUUGUGGAUGCAGAAAUGGAUGGAUCAUGUAGGGGACGCGUAUAUUAUCCAAAGAAGUAGAUGGGCACUCGGAGCUGCUUUAAGCUACAUCGGUUUGUCCUUAGACGGCAGAUGCCAGCAUACAGUUUUUCUAUUUUAACUGAUCUUUUUUAUGUCAUUUCAUUUCACUUUACCAUUAAAGUCUAUUGAGUUAGUGUAGCUGAGGAAUGAUGAUGUUAG